AGGAGCUGGACACACAGAUCUGACCUUCAGAGUGCUGAGUUCAUCCAGACCUGGUUUCUGAGUGUGAUGAUCGAGUUUAAGUUGAGGAUGAAAGCCAUUCUGGUCAUGGUGCUAAUGAUGAGUCUUCAUCAGCGUGUGCUUGUUUCUGCUCAGGAGUGUCCAUCCAUUCACGAUCUACUGAACUCACUGCGGCAAGUAGAGAAGAUGUUAGCAGUACACGAGACAUCUUACCAGCAAGGCGUACGUUCCCUGAAGAAGAAGAUAAGUGCCCUGCACAACAGCACCAUGGUCAUCUUUAAAAUGGGUAAAAAUGCAUCGUGCCCUAACCCUGACCCCCCAGCUAACGGCCGCAGACUGGGCAGAGUGUUUGGCGUGGGACAUGAGGUCCAUUUCCUAUGCAAGCCUGGUUAUGAGCUGAUAGGCCCAAGAACUCGAGUGUGUCUGGAGUCUCUGAAAUGGAGUGGCCAACAGCCCAUGUGUAGACGACUUAAUAGCACCAUCACCUCCUUGGCUUCCUUCACUUCAGAUGCAUCAUCCUCUGCUGCCUUAUCUGCCUCCUCUGCAGCAUCCUCACCUUCUCCAAAUUCAUCACCAACAUCCUUCACUCCCUCUUCCUCCAUCCGACCUUCUAACUGCACACAUUUCCUAGGCUCAACCCACUGUACCUGUGAUGUUGGUUUCACCAUAUCAGGCCGUGACAAUAACAUCUGCACAGAUAUCGAUGAGUGUCAUCUAUUUCCCCUCGCACAGCCUGGACGUCUCUGCGUCCAUCAGUGCUUAAACACGCCUGGAAGCUUCCACUGUGUUUGUCCAUCCGGUUACAGCUUGGCCAAAGACGGUCGCAGCUGCACAGACAUUGAUGAGUGUGAAAACCAUUCACAUAACUGCACAGCAGACCAGCUGUGUGUAAACACCUUUGGAGGUUUCCAGUGUAUGACAGUGGAGUGUCCGAAGACGAAAAACGCCACUUACAUUCAGACGUCUCCCAUGCUCUGUGAGAGGACUCCAUGUAUGCUGGGAGACAAAAAAUGCACCCAAGCACCAAGCUCCAUCUCCUUUCACUUUCUUGCUGUGGUCUCAAACAUGUCUGCCCCUCGGGUCCUCUUCAAGGUGUCUGCAGCCCGUGUGGUGGGAGAUACGCUGCGAUUUGGCCUAGCUGGUGGCCGUGGCCGUGGUCAUUUCAGUGUGCAGCGCUCAGGUCGGCAGACCGGGACCCUUCUCCUGGUGACACCUGUUAAAGGCCCAGCCACGCUGGAGGCAGAGGUGGAAAUGAGUGAGCUGGAGCGCAACACCCUGCUAGGCCGUUACCUCACCAAGGUUACCCUGUUUGUGUCCCCAUACAUAUUCUAGCAGGGAAGGCAAAUAAGAGGAGUCCCUGGACCAAUAGGGUUUAUCCAUGGACCAGGGUUAAACCAUCCACAGAAUACUACAGUAUCCAAUGGAUUUUGGUGUGAUACUGAGACCUAAAUUAUCAAAGACUUUGUGUGUAUCUUUGUGUGUAUCUUGUGUUCAUUUGUCAUGUUUGAACAUUUUCCCUUUAAUACCACUGUAGCAGAUAGAGGAGCUGCAGCAUAACCUUCUCUGCUGACCUCUCAGCAUUUAAUAUUUAUCACUGAGACACCUAAUCAUCUGUGUUUGUUCAUUUAUAACUGUCUUUCUCUCUGUCAACAGUAAUUUUCUCUCACUAAGAUACUGCCUCCACUGGUGACUCAGGCUGACCCGUUCACUGAAAAUGUGUAGUGUUUCGAUUUAGUGGACCUUCUCUACAGCUGAUACAAGCGUCUGGAUUUAAAACAUAUUUAUUUGUCUGAUCAUCAUAUUUGUGUAGCACAUACAGGGAAAACAACCUUUUCUCUUAAAGCAAAACUUUCACCUUAGUGUUUUUUUUUUCUGGAGAAGGCAUUGUUUGGCUUGGGUAACGCUCAAAGUUGAAGACGGUCAGAAAUAUUUGUUUGAUUUGCCCUUUAUCCAACCAGUUUCAUGUUGGUGUAGAUGCUUCAAGGUAGUCCUGGUUAAGAUGAUUAAAAAGAAUGAUGUCUGUUUCCAGUGAUCAAGGAUGUUCCCUGGUUAGGCACACCUGAGUAAAAUAAAUAGGCCAUUAGGUGACCUCUGUAAAGAUUCUUGAGAUCUUGGGGAGGUAAUUCAGCUGUUUGGAUGAGCUGUAUUGGUGAGGACACAUUUUUGAGACAUGCAGAGAACACCAACCCUCACAGAUCACAUUUGGAGACCACUGCAGUAAAAGGGUUUAACAUAAAACCCAACAUGCUCUUCUUUAAAAAAACAAACAACAAAAAAACAUGUUCAAUAUCAGGUGGCUGUUCUGUUACUGAUUAACUAAAAGCUUAGUCCUGGAGCUAGAAGUUUUUCCCAUUGUUUUCUCUCAAAAUACGUUCUGACAUCUAAUAAUGAAUAGAAAUGGCUCCAAAACAGUAUAAUGCAAGUAUUGCUGUUUUCACAAUGCUUUUUAUGUGUCUGUCUUAGCAAUUAGUACACAGACUGCUGAUGACUGUCCUCUGGCUCUACCUGUAGCUCCUCAAUAGACAGGAGAGGAGCUUCACAGGUUUCACGCUCUGUCAUUGCAGCGACAACAUGCUGAGGGAAACAAACAAUUAUGUAGUAAAAACUGACCAUAUUUAAAAUGACAAAUAUCAACUGACUGAUAAAAUAAGCUAACCUCUGUCAAAAACCCCCAAACGUUUCUAAAUGUUCAUGUUCUGUUAAACUGCUGGUAUAUUGAAGCUCAUUCAGUUUAUGAAACAUGCUAAUUCAGCUUCCACAGGCUGCAUCCAUCAAAAGCUUUAUUUACACUGAGUAACACGGGCACCACAAAGUCUGCCAGUAUAAAUAAAUAAAUAUUAAAGUAUUAAUAUUGGUACUCAGCACAAAUCCUAAGUUUUUUUGGGCCUCCCUGUCAGCAUUCCCUUAAAAAUAGGACAGUGCUACCUCACCUACACUUUGAGGUUUAUGAUGAACACAACUUCAUGUCCCUGAAGCAAGCACUCGCUAGAUAGGACCAGUGGAUAACUAGUGACUCUUGGUGUUACAGAAUAGCAUAGUGGAAAAAGGGUCUCUGCAAUAAACCUGAACAUGUGCAUUUA